CCCCACCAUAGGUCUCCUUCUCCCAUUUUUGGUUCUUCUCUCUCAACUCUCUCUCUCUCUCUCUCUCUCUCUCUCUCUCAAUCUCUGAAAAUGAAUUCCAAUAAAAUAAUACUAUUUUCAGCACUAAUCCUCACCUCUCUGAUAGUCCCGGCGGAGCCGACGUCGUCUGCUCCUGGCGAUCACAGCCGUCCGAUUGCGGAGCUCGAAGUCGACUGUUGCCUCAACUGCAAGCCAAGCAGCCCCGAAUUAGCCGCCACCAAAAAAAAUUAUAGCCGCCUCCACCGUGCCCUAGCGACUCCAACGACGACGUCUCCGCUGCCGUCGUGCGAGGUCUGGACGACGUCGUGCUCGGAAUCGGUCCUGAGCUUCGCGAAGCAGCCGGAGAACGUGGAGUGGUUGAAGACGAUUAGGCGGAGGAUCCAUGAGCAUCCGGAGCUGGCUUUCGAGGAGGUCGAGACGAGUCGGUUGGUUCGGGCCGAGCUCGACCGCUUGGACAUCGAUUACCGGUUUCCGCUCGCAACCACCGGGAUUCGAGCCUGGAUCGGAACCGGAGGUCCGCCGUUUGUGGCUGUCAGAGCUGACAUGGAUGCUCUACCAAUUCAGGAAGCUGUAGAAUGGGAGCACAAGAGCAAAGUAGCCGGCAAAAUGCAUGCUUGUGGGCACGAUGCACAUGUGACCAUGCUCUUAGGUGCUGCCAAGAUCUUGAAGAGCCGUGAACACCUUUUGAAGGGGACUGUAGUAUUGAUAUUUCAACCGGCAGAGGAAGCCGGUAAUGGUGCAAAGAGAAUGAUUGGAGAUGGGGCUUUGGAGAAUGUGGAGGCCAUAUUCGCAGCUCAUGUGUCCCACGAGCACCCCACAGGCAUUAUUGGGUCGAGGUCUGGUCCUUUGCUAGCUGGCUGUGGCUUCUUCAGAGCUGUUAUCACUGGAAGGACCGGCCAUGGAGAAAGCCCUCACCACUCUGUUGACGCCGUUUUGGCAGCUGCCGCGACCGUGAUCAGCUUACAGGGCAUUGUAUCGCGCGAAGCAAACCCUCUCGACUCUCAGGUGGUGUCCGUGACAGCUUUUAAUGGAGGUGACAAGCUUGACAUGAUACCUAAUAGUGUGGUAAUUGGUGGGACUCUCAGGGCUUUCUCUAACACAAGCUUCUACCAUCUUCUUCAAAGAAUUGAAGAGGUAAUUGUGGAACAAGCAAGUGUUUACAGAUGCUCGGCAACGGUGGAUUUCUUCAAAGACAAGAACACCAUAUAUCCCCCGACGGUGAACGAUGAGAAGAUGCACGAGCACGUGAGGAAAGUAGCCAUGGAUUUGUUGGGUCCAACAAACUUUAGGUUGGUGCCACCAAUGAUGGGUGCUGAGGACUUCUCCUUCUACUCAGAGGUGAUCCCUGCCGGCUUCUUCUACAUUGGCAUAAGGAACGAGACCUUGGGUUCCUUUCACACAGGUCAUUCACCUUAUUUUUUCAUCGACGAAGAUGUUUUACCGAUAGGGGCAGCAACUCAUGCCACUAUCGCAGAAAGAUACCUCAACGAGCGUGGGUAAUCGAGAAAAAUCAGGUGCCGGUGGUGCAAAAUGUUUUUUCAAUGGGCACAAGCAUAAUGUUUAGAUUGCUUAAAACGUGCUCUUUAAAUUUUGGUGUUAGGAUUAGGGGGACUAGUACAGGGAAAGACGGUCCCUUUCAUUUUAUUGAUGUAAAGGAUGCAGUUGGAGCAUUUUCAGCUGGUCCAUGCUGCAAGUUUUAGUACUCUGAUGUUGCAAGUCUGCAGUUAGAGCAUUUUCAGCUGGUCCAUGCUGCAAGUUGUAGUACUCUGAUGUUGCAAGUAUGAAUAGUCUUGUUAUUACAGGUAUGCAAUAAACUUUUGUACAUA